AUGUCCAUUGCGAGAGAGGGCUCUCUGGCUGUCCGCACACGCCUGCUACAAGGGUCGAACGAUAUACCAGCUGCCUCACUGCCUGGUCCAAUGGUGGUGCUGCACGUGUCCAAGCGCACACCAGAGGGCGUACGGCUCUCUAUCUCCCCCUUCCUCUCUGUCCGCAACAACACCGGCUGCCCCCUGCAAGUGUGCCUGCGCCGCCGCCCUGCUCCCGCCGGACGAGCAGCAGCCUCUGCCGCUGGUGCUGGAGGGACAGCAGCUCCUGCCAUUGGAGGGGAAGCAGAUGCGCCUGCUGCUGCUGCUGGAGGAGCAGCAGGAGGGGAAGCAGUGGUGGAGGGGGUGGGACAAGCAGAGGUAGCAGAGGUGGAGCGGGAAAGAAUGGGGGCGAGGCAGCAGGGGGGGAUGGAGGUGGUGGAGCAGUUACAGCAGGGGCAAGCUCUGGACGAUGCUGCUCUCUGCUUCCGCUUUGCUGCUUCUGCUGGCGAGCAGCGGCGUCUUGUCAACGACCUUGCUGCCGGUACCAGCAGCACGAAUUCGGGCAGCAUCGGUGUGAGAGCAGCAAGUGACACGUGGAGCAGCGCCCCUGUCCACGUGCCCUGUGCUGGUAACAUGCUGGCGCUGCUGACCCGUGACGUGCUGCCACCUGUCAAGGGCGCAGUGGCUCUCGCCCACCUGGGGGGGUUGCCGUCUGCUGGUGGGAAUGAGGUUCAGGUGAAACUGCAUCAGGUGAAUUUCCAGGAGGGGCAGCAGCAGCAGCAGCAGCAGCAGCAGCAGGUGAACCCGCCUCAGGUGAAUCCUCAGGAGCAGCAGCAGCAGCAGCAGCAGCAGCGGCAGCGGCAGCAGCUGCAGCAGGGUGGUGUUUCGAUGAGGGGGAGUGUGUGUGAGAUGGCAGUGCAGCUGCGGACCCGAUACAGUGACAAGGAUGCAGUACCUGAGUUUGAGAUCUUCCCAGCAUGGACCAUCCGCAAUGCCACCAACACGCCGCUGCUCUGCUCUGUGGCGGGAAACCCAGUGGAAUCAUCCUGGGUGCCAGAUGGCAGGGGGAGGAGAGGGAGCCGAGCACAGCAGCAUCCACAGCCCUUUUCACCGCACCCCACCGUGUCACUUCUUCUGAACCCCAGUGCCGCCAAGCCGUGGCUUGCUGUAGGCACGUCUGUCUGCAUCUCUAUCGCACAGGAACAGGAGGAGGCGAGUCAAGGGGGAGUGAGGAGAGGGAACAUCCGGGAGAGAGACAACAAGGGAAGCAGCAGCAGUGUUGCGGGAAGAGGCGCCACCAUUGACCUCUCUUCCAUCUGCCGCACCACAGAAAUCCAGCUCCUGCAGUAUGUACCCGUUGUAAAAGACAGGGAGGCUACUGUAAGGGAGCGGGGGAUGUCUAUAAGAGCUCAGCAGCAGCAGAGGGGAAUAGAGAGGCAGCGGCUUGAGACCGUGGUGGAGGCUACUGCUGAGGCGGCGUGUGAUUGGUCGCUGCGCUGCUUCCAGUUUGCCGUGCGCCUGCGCCUCUCAGCGACUGGCAGUCCCUCCCGCGUGGCUGAGAUCUGCCCGAGAUACGUCGUGCACAACCGCUUCCCCGUGCCGCUGCUCGUGUGCCAGGAAGGGCUAGAGUAUUUCCCUGAGCUCUGGACCACCAUACAGCCAGGCGAAUCUGCACCCAUCCACGCCCAAUCACCGUCACACAUCUGGUCAUCUCGCUCCUCCCUCGCCCUCUCCUCCUCCCCCUACUCUCCUCCGCCUUCCUUUUCUUCCCACGAAGCUCUGCUGGAAGAGGGCGGCAUCAUUCGUCCUUUCCUGCGCUUCCGCCCGCUGGAUUCGUCCGAUCCGUUCUCGCCUGCUCCAUCUCCUCGAGGCCAAUCACAGCCUGCCACGUGGCACUGGUCCGGGCCGUUCGAGGCGGCGUCUCUCGGCUCGUUCUGCCUCAAGAUGCGCUCUCACAGCAACAGCAGCAACAACGGGAGUGCUGGUUACCCACUAGGAGGAGGAACCAUCCAGGAAACUCCCGCAUCACCGUCCCCAUCAUCCCCAUCAUCAAAAUCACCAGCAGCAUCACCGUCAGCAGCAGCAGCGUUUCUGCAACGCCAGCUGUCGAUGUCGGUUGUAGCGGCAGGUGGCGUGCGCGUGCUACAGCCGGUGCUCUUCGCCGUUGCUGACGUGGCAGAGGGAGGAGGAGGCGGGGGAGGAGCCACGGGAGGCCAGGCAGAAGCAGCACCUGGAUUGAAGUUGAACACAUCAGCAGAGCAAGCAGCGGAGUCAAAAGGAAUGGGAAAGGGUCCUGGGGAUAGAUCAUCAGGUGUCGAUGCAGCAGGGGAGGAGUAUAAGCCCUCGGGAACAUCAUCAUCACCGUCAGUGCCGGGAGCAGCGGCAGCAGGGGCGGCAGCAGCAGGGGCGGCAGCAGCAGGGGCAGCAGUGGGCGGCACGUGGGUGGCGGAGAUUCGUCCAGUGGACGGCAUGAGGGAGGCGCCGUACCGCAUUGAAAACACUCUCUCUGGAUUGGCCGUCUCUGUCGCUCAAAAGGUGGGUCCCGACAAGGUCAAGCCGUGGCGCCGCCUGCGCCUCCCUCAGUUCCACACUGCUUUCCCUUCCCUGCUACCGUCGCCUUUCCCCUCCGCAUCCCCACUAUCACUCUUGCCUUCCCCUGCCCAUCAUCUCUCCCCCCUUUCCCUUGAUCCAGGCUGCACCCCUCAGCAGGAGGUGAGUCCCGACAAGGUCAAGCCGUGGCGCCGCCUGCGCCUCUCCCACUCCGCCUUCCCCUCCCUGCUGCCUUUCCACCUGCCGUUUCACCUGCGGCAGCGAAAAGCGGGUGAGGAGGUAGAUGAGGAGGAGGAGGAAGAGGAGGAAGAGGAUUUUGAUGAUGAUGCCUACAAGUACGAGGACGAGGAGGAGGGGCAAGAAGAGGGGGAAGGUGCUGGGGAGGGUGCAACUGAGGAAGGUAGAGCCGUCAGUGGAAGGGGCAGGGGUAGAGGCAGCAGGAGUGCAGCAGGUGCUUUAGCGAGGCAGCAGGCAGCAAGGCAGCAGGCGGCACGGGAGCAAGCGGCACGGCAGCAGGCAGCAAGGCAGCAGGUGGUGGGAGUGGAGGUGUAUGCAGAUGGGCCGAUCCGGGUGGUGCGUGUGUGCACGAGAGAGGGAGCCAAGGACCGGGAGGGCUCUGGCAAGAAGGGUGGUGCUGCUGGCGGGACUGGUGUGAGCAGUGGCGCUACAAGUGGUGGUGCAAGUGGUGGUGCAAGUGGUGUUGCGACCAGUGGUGGUAGUGGGGCUUUGACUGGUGGUGGGACGGAAGGUGGUGGCAGGGAGGCAGGGGAAGUGAGGGAGAUGGAAGGGAUGGUGGAGGUGGAAGGGGUUGACAUCAAGCUGCUGCAGGCAGGGGAUGUGAGGGAGAUGGAAGGGAUGGUGGAGGUGGAUGGGGUUGACAUCAAGCUGUUGCAGGGGGCGCACUCUCAUGUGAGGGAAGGGGGCGGAAGGGGGGCAGGGGAUGUGAGGGAUAUGGAAGGCAUGGUGGAGGUGGAGGGGGUUUAUAUCAAGCUGUUGCAGUCUGGGACCUCCUCCGACCUGAGUGUAAAGGAGGAGGCAGCAACAACAGGGAAGGGUAGAGAGAGGAGAGAGGGGAAGGAGCCGGAGGGAGAAGAAGGGAGAGGGGAGGAGGAGGAGGAGGAGGAGGAAGAGGAAGAGGAGAGGGAGGAGGAGAUGAAUCGCCGGGUGUUGCUGCAUGGACGGGCGGACGGCUUGUGGGCAUCCUUGGUCCUUUCAGAAAGAGACCUGGCUGUAGAGGCCGUGCUGUGUAAUGCGGGUAUCGACUCUCGCUCCCCGCCUCUCAAGCCUCCACCGCUCCCCAUCUCUCUCAGCCGCUCCUCCUCCAGCACCACCGCACAGCACCCCAUCCUCUCCUCGGCCGUGGUUCUCCGCUCCCUCAACCCAUCUCUCACCACGGCUACCAGUGGCACCAUGAUAGGACGCACCCUGAGGGAUUGGCGGGUGGGGAGGGAAGGCGUGGGAGGGGUGGGAGGAGGGAGAGGAGUAGGAGGAGGUGGAGGAGGAGGGGGAGGAGGAGGCGGAGGGGAGGGGGCGCCGCUGUGUUCAAUGGCAGUGGUGGUGAAUCGGCUGGCUUCAAGGCCGCAGCACAUUCGCUCUGCAUCCUUCCUGCUGCAGCCAGUGGAGGUGAACAUAGAUGAGAGCACGCUGCUGCGCCUCGUGCCCUUCUAUCGCAGCAAGGACCCCAGUGUGCCCGUGCGCGACUGGAGCACCACUCCCAUCUACAUCGAAUACCUCGAGAUUCACCCCAUUAAGGUGGUGGCGAGUUUCCUCCCCAGUGCACCGGGUGCCAUAGACUACUCAUCAGCACAGGAAGCUCUGAGGGGGAUUCUGCACUCGGUGAUCCAAGUGCCAGCAGUGCAGCGCACGCCCAUCCACCUGCACGGAUUGCUGCUGACGCAUGCUCUCACCUCGUCCAAGCAGAUGGUUGCCAAGCUGACCCGACACUACUCGUGGUACGCCCUGAGAGCAGUGUACAUAGCGCGGGGCCUACCGUUGCUUCCACAGCCCUUCACGGCUCUCUUUAAUGACUCUGCCUCGUCAGCUCUAGAUGCUUUCUUUGACCCCUCACAGGGGCACAUCGCCCUCGCCACCGCCACCACCAGAGGAAUUUUUGAUAUUCUCCGCAAGGUGGUGAGGAGGCGAGAUGCCGGCGGUGGUGGCAGCGCGUUUGGCAUCUCACCCACUCUCUUCCUGGGAGACGUGGAAUCCACAGUGCGCGAGGCGGGCACGGGAGUGGUGCAUGCAAUGGUAUCAGAGCUUUCAGACUCCAUGAUGCGAGGGGUGGAGAGCGGUGGCCUGCCUGGGCUGGCCAAGGGCUUCCAUCGAGCCAUUCUCCGCAUCGCCAUGGAGCCAGAUACCAUGCUCGCUCCCCUCCUGCACCCCUUCGCUCCUGGCUUCACUGCUGCUCUCUCUACUUCCUCCUCCUCCUCCUCCACUCGCCGUCGCUUCCUCUCCACCACUCGCAUUCACCUGCGCACCAGCCUGGGCUUGCACGAGGCAUACGUGGAGGGCUAUUUGCAAGCCAUGCUCGACACGCUAUAUCGCCAGCCCUAUGUGACUGUCAAAAUCGCCAACGACACUGUCGUUCUCAAGAACCUACCACCCAACACGUUGCUGACCAAUGAGAUGGUGACAUGUGUCACGGAUUUCCUGGUCACAGAAGGGCUGCUGGAGCCUGAGAGAGGCGGCGGCAGGGAUGGAGGGAGGGGGGGAAGGGGAAGGAUGGGGCUUCCUGGUUGUGGUGCUGGUACUGGUGCUGCUGCUGCUGGUGGGGCCGGCGAGGUGUCUGCUUUCCGGUCGCUGCGGCGCAUUCAUGGGGAGCAGAUGGGGCCCCACAAUGCGCGGGUGGCAGUGUGGGCGCUGCUAGAGCAGCUAGCAGUCACUCUUCUCAUCCGCACGCUUAGACAUCAAACUGCCAGACGAGUUGUGAGCGGCUUCCUGCUCAGCUUUGUGGACCUCUGA